AUGCCUGCCGAGCAGAACGUGCUGCCGGCCGUCGAGGUGGCCGAGUCGCAGUUCGGCCACUGGCCUGCGCUCAAGGUCCGCGAGACGUUCCUCGACUACUUCAAGCAGAACGGCCACAACUUCUGGCCCAGCAGCUCGUGCAUUCCGUAUGAGGACCCCACGCUGCUCUUCGCCAACGCUGGCAUGAACCAGUACAAGCCGCUGUUCCUUGGUCUCGCCGACCCGGGGUCGCAGAUGGGCGCUCUCAAGCGUGCCGUCAACUCGCAGAAGUGCAUUCGCGCCGGCGGCAAGCACAACGACCUCGACGACGUCGGCAAGGACACGUACCACCACACCUUCUUUGAGAUGCUGGGCAACUGGUCGUUCGGCGACUACUUCAAGCGCGAGGCGAUCCAGAUGGCCUGGGAGCUGCUCACGAAGGUGUACGGCCUGCCGGCCGACCGCCUGUACGUGACGUACUUCGAGGGCGAUGCCAAGCAGGGCCUGGAGCCCGACACGGAGGCGCGUGACCUCUGGCUGGAGAUGGGUGUGGCCGAGGAUCACCUGCUCACUGGCAACGCCAAGGACAACUUCUGGGAGAUGGGUGCGACCGGCCCCUGCGGUCCCUGCAGUGAGAUUCACUACGACCGCAUCGGCGGGCGCAACGCCGCGCACCUGGUCAACAUGGACGACCCGGACGUGCUCGAGAUCUGGAACAACGUGUUCAUGCAGUUCAACCGCGAGACGGACGGCUCGCUGCGCCCGCUGCCCGCGCGGCACAUCGACACGGGCAUGGGCUUCGAGCGCCUCGUCUCGGUGCUGCAGGACAAGCGCUCCAACUACGACACGGACGUCUUCAUCCCGCUCUUCGAGCGCAUCCGCGAGCUGACCGGCGCGCGGCCCUACGCCGGCAAGCUUGGCGCCGAGGACGUCGACGGCAUUGACACGGCCUACCGCGUCGUCGCCGACCACGUGCGCACGCUCACCUUCGCCAUGAGCGACGGCGGCGUGCCGGACAAGGACGGCCGCGGAUACGUGCUGCGCCGCAUCCUGCGCCGCGGCACGCGCUACGUGCGCAAGUACUUCCAGGUGCCGAUCGGCCACUUCUUCGGCGACCUCGUGCCCACGCUCGUCGCGCAGAUGGGCGGCUUCUUCCCCGAGAUCACCAAGCGCGUUGACGAGAUCAAGAUGAUCCUCAACGAGGAGGAGGAGUCCUUCGCGCGCACGCUCGACCGCGGAGAGCGCCUCUUCGAGCAGUACGCCAGCCGCGCCAAGGAGGCUGGCUCCAAGACGCUCGACGGCAAGGACGUGUGGCGCCUGUACGACACGUACGGCUUCCCGGUGGACCUGACGCAGAUCAUGGCCGAGGAGCAGGGCCUGACGUUCAGCGAGUCCGAGUUCGAGGCUGCGCAGGCGGCUUCGAAGGAGGCUUCCAAGGGCCAGGGCAAGAAGGAGGGCAGCGAGAUGCCCAAGCUCGACGUGCACGACCUGGGCGCGCUCGAGAAGAACGACGCCGUGCCGAAGUCGGACGACAGCUUCAAGUUUGCGCUCGGCAACGUCGAGGCUACCGUCAAGGCGAUCUACCAGGCGAGCGGCUUCCACCCCUCGUCCACCUCGCCGAACGUCGCACAGGACAAGCCAGUCGGCCUCCUGCUCGACAAGACGCCCUUCUACGCCGAGUCCGGCGGCCAGCAGGGCGACACGGGCAGCAUUGUUAUUGACGGCAAGGCCGAGUUCGUCGUCGAGGACGUGCAGUCGUACAACGGCUACGUGCUGCACUCUGGCUACUUCAAGUACGGCGAGCUGAGCGUCGGCGACGUCGUGGUCGCCAGCUACGACGAGCUGCGCCGCGCGCCGCUGCGCAGCAACCACACGGCCACGCACAUCCUCAACUACGGCCUGCGCGAGGUGCUGGGCGACCACAUCGACCAGCGCGGCUCGCUCGUGGCGCCGACGAAGCUGCGCUUCGACUUCAGCCACAAGUCGGGCAUUGCGCUGCCCGAGCUGCGCAAGAUCGAGGACAUCAGCAACGACUGGAUCAAGCGUGACGUGCCGGUCUACUCGCAGGAGCUGCCGCUCGACCUCGCGCAGAAGAUCCCCGGUCUGCGCGCCGUCUUCGGCGAGGCGUACCCGGACCCGGUCCGCGUCGUCACGCUCGAGUUCGACGUUGCCGAGAUGGCCAAGGACAUCGAGAACCCCAAGUGGCGCAGCACCAGCGUUGAGUUCUGCGGCGGCACCCACGUUGCGAAGACGGGCGACAUCCGCCGCUUCGUCAUCGUCGAGGAGAGCGGCAUUGCCAAGGGCAUCCGCCGUGUCGUGGCGCUGACGGGCGAGGACGCGGCGGCCGUCGGGCGCCUUGCCGACGAGUGGGAGGCCAAGCUCGACGCGCUCGAGCGCAACGAGGACCGCGCGGCGCAGGAGAGCGGCCUCAAGGCCUUUGGCCCGGCGCUCGGCACGCAGGAGAUGUCUGUGCUGCGCAAGGCGGCGCUCAACGAGCGCUACUCUGCCCUGCGCAAGAAGAUCGACACGGCUGCCAAGGCCAAGUCGACGGCCGAGAGCAAGGAGGUGCAGAACCUGGUGACCAAGUACUUUGAGGAGAACAAGGACGCCACUUACCUCAUCCAGAAGGCCGACGUCGGGUCCAACGCCAAGGCGCUGCAGGCUGGUGUCGCCAUUGCCAAGAAGGCCGGCAAGGCGCUCUACCUCUUCUCCGAGGAGGCCACGGGCGGCCUGGCAGCCGACGGGCAGGCGACCAAGGCCAAGGUGACGCACGUCAACUUUGUGCCCAAGGACGCGCUCGACAAGGGUGUCGAUGCGCGCGAGUGGGCUGAGCUUGUGUCGAAGAGCAUCGGCGGCCGUGCCGGCGGCAAGGCCGAGGGCGCGCAGGGCGUCGGCGAGGAGGGCGGCACUGCUGUCGACGAUGCGAUCCUGGCCGCCACGCGGUGGUACCUGAUGAAGACGACCGAGUCGCACAUGCCGCUGCAGACGUAG